GUGUGAUAAGGUUUUGUUGGUUAUCUCUCUAGGUGACCAAAAUGAAGACUCUAUGUCUCUGGCUGAGUCUGCUGGUGGCCAUUGUAUCGACAGCCCAGUACGACUACUGUUUACAGCAUGCCCCUGAUGGGGCCGUGAAUGGCUGCAGCCUUCCUCCACUCGUGCACUUUAACUAUGAGUACCAAUUCACACCGUCAUGUAACAAACAUGACAUCUGUUAUCAUUGUGGUCACCACUAUGGAAUUACAAGAUCCGAUUGUGAUCACAAGUUUCUGCAUAAUAUGCUUGCUACGUGCACUUCCAAAAAGAGGCUAUUGAACUGCCAGCACUCAGCGGACGCAUUUUUUGGUGCCGUCCGUACGGCCGGAGGACUUAUCUAUAGAACGGAAGUCCCACACUACUGCACAGAUUCUUGGGUUCACAAUUGUCUUACAUAAAACACACUGUCCAAAUGAAAG